CUGAAUAUGUCUGUAAAACAAUGAAGUCGCAUGUAUCCGAAGAAUCAUUAACAAUGUUCCACGAACUGAUUGUACUUAAUAUGAGAGUGAAGCCAGUGUGAGAAAAAAAAAACUUUUGAUAUUUGGUGUCAGUGUCUGUGAUAAAAUAAUUUAAUACAUAAAAGAUAAAUACGAAAACUGUCGGUUUUAUGAUCGUUAAUAAAAUGAAUUAACCCAAGAGCGUAACGGAUAUACGUAAACUGUGAUUGUUAUAUACGUAUGCGUAUAAAUUUCUUGUAAUUCAUACUGUAAAUAAUAACCGAUAGAAAAAUGCUGAACCUCAAGAAACUUUACAGCGAUGAGUUGCUGCAGCUGGCCCUGCUGCUUUCGCUGUUGAGAGUAGAUCCUGAUUCCUACCUUGGAUUAGACAUUCGGACAAUUGGAGUUGGUUCGCUGGAUCUAAAUAAUGGCUCUGGCUGGCAUACAGAUUCCCACACGAUUGUCCACAGGCCAGCUUUUAUCCAUCCAAAAAAUCUUGACUCUGUACUAUUGAACUAUGAGAGAGAUUUGUUCGAAGACUUAAAUUUAUUAGGAAGAUAUAAUAGAAUAAACGCUGCGCAUAAUGAUAUACACGCUUACUUGUUAAAUAUUGAUGACAGAGCAGGUCCAAGUGUUAGAAUAACCGAUGCAUCAAACAAUGCCACAAAUACCACCUCAGCAGAACCACCAAUGCCCUCUCAAGCUGCCGAUGAAAACCAAGGAGCAGCCGAGCUCACUCAAGAGGACAUGGAUUUAAUUGAGGUUUUGUGGAAGCAAGAUGUUGAUUUGGGCUUUACGUUAGUUGAUCCCACGCCUACGGCAAAAAUCGCAGCUACCUCAUCGAAAAAAGAAUCCGAGGAUGAUAUCGAGAAGCUCAAAACCUUGGAAGCCAUUAAUGCAGCUAACGAUAAGAAAACACCGGACAUUAAGGAAGAGCCAUCUAAGGAAGAUCCUUGGGCAGGACUCCCCUACACCGUCGAUUUGGAAACAGGCGAGUAUAUCCUAAACGCGGGCAGUUCCUCGUCGGAGAAUUCGGAUCAGCGCCGUCGGCGGGAGGAGCAUCAUUUGCUCGGCCUCGGCGCUGUUGAGGAUCUCGUCGGCCUUGGCGAGGACUCCCUCGGCCUCAACGAUAGCUUGGGCCUCGAGAAUGACUUCACCUCGGAGCUCCUCGGCGACGACUGCCUACUAGACGGCUGCGCCGCCGUCGACGGUUUCCUCGGCAACGACACCCUCGGCCUCCCCGACGGCUUCAAUCUCGAGGAGGCACUCCAGCUCGUCGGCCUCGAUGAGGCCCAGCUCGAGAAGAAGCCGGAAGUAAAGAAGAAGAGCGACGAGGACUCCGACGGAGCGCGUAGCGACUCGCGCGCAUCCACGUCCGAGGACAACGAGGAGGAGAGCAGCCCUAAGGAAGCAGAGACCGACAGCAUGAUUCACACGCCCCAAUAUCAUCACCCGCAUCAUCCGCACCACCGCUCAUUCCAGAGCCGUGUGCCGUUCGUAAGGACGGUGAGCAUGGAGCAGCGCUGGCCGGACAUCGCGCCGUUCUUCUCGGUCCCGGGCGGUACAGAGCACUUUGCUCACCCGGGCCACCAUCACCACCAUCAUCAUCACCACCAUCAUCCGAGCUACACGAGCUUGGGGGCCGGGACGACUCACCACGGACACUACGAGGCCAGCGCCGCGGCAGCCGCAGCCGCCGCCGCUGCCCAGCGCAAUGUCCUCCUCCAUAACGCGACCCUCGCCCCUCCCGUCGGCGACCUCAACUCCACUGGGUCCUACCACAAUGCCGGCGGACCGUCGAACCUCGGAUCAGCGGUGGCGACCUCCAUGAACCUGACCAACAGCAACGAGACGAUGGGCGGCGACAAUGGCACCGGCUACAAGUCCGAGCCGAACGAGAUGAUGUAUUAUCCGAGUGCGGCCACGGACACCAUGAACCAGACGACCGACUCGAUAUUCUCGGCCCUCCUCGACGAGCAACUCGGCUGGAACAACGAGGAUCUCGCAUUCAACGUCAGCGACGGUCUGUACGGGGGCGCGUCGGGUGCAACCGGCGCCACGGCGACGCUCCCGGGAGUCCAGGGCGCAGGGGCGAGCGCCACGGUCGUGGGACCGGGCGCGACCUCGACGACGGCCACCGCCCCGGACGAGCGCAUGGACGCCUCGAGCGACAGCGCCGUCAGCAGCAUGGGCAGCGAGCGCGUACCAUCACUCAGCGACGGCGAAUGGAUGGAAACGGGCUCGAACUCGAGCCACACCCAGGCUGACUCCCACUACUCCAUGGACUACACCGGGAAGUACCGCAUGCCCUACGACUGCGGCUACUCCCUGACACCGGGUCGCCCGAGCCAGCACCAGCGGGGCUGCCACGCGGCCGCCGAGCGAGCCAGCAUGGCUCCCGUCGCCCAGAAGAAGCACCACAUGUUUGGGAAACGCUGCUUCCAGGAGCAGGGCCCGAUGAGCGGAGCCGCGGGUUCGCCUCUACCCCUCGCUGCCUCAUCGGCUCACCAUCCGGCUGCCGCCACCCCCAUGAAGUACGACUACGAGGCGGCGCAGACGGUCGCCGCCGGGCCACCCGGACAGGCCUACUCCGGGCCCAUCGAGGGCGCCGCCGGACCGCAGAGCGAGAUCAAGUACAGCUGCAGCUUGGACUUUGGCCGACACCAGAACGGCCGUUCAAACCUCGAGCACGUUCAUCACAAUCAUACGUAUCAUCUUCCACCAGAGAGUACCGGAUCCCUCCAACGUCCAAUUUCUCGCGACAAGAAAGGUCGCAAGAGCGAAGGCGAGGAGCACCUGACGCGAGACGAGAAGCGCGCUCGGGCCCUCAACGUACCCAUUGCCGUCAGCGACAUCAUAAACCUGCCGAUGGACGAGUUCAAUGAGCGGCUGAGCAAGUACGACCUGAGCGAGGCCCAGCUGUCGCUAAUCCGCGACAUAAGGCGCAGGGGCAAGAACAAAGUGGCCGCCCAGAACUGCCGCAAACGCAAGCUCGACCAGAUCAAUAGCCUUAGCGACGAGGUCAAGGAGAUGCGCAACCGCAAGAUGCGAUUGCUCAGCGAGAGGAACUACAUGCUCCAGGAGGUGGCGCGCGUAAAGGAGAAGUUUGGACAGCUCUACCGGCACAUUUUCCACGUGAGUUCACCCUCGAAGCCCAAGCCGCGUCGCAGAUUGCCAAUUUAAGCGACAGUGUGAGAGUGAGUGAGUGAGU